AUAAAGAGAGACUUGUGGCUGUAUUUGACGAGCAAGACCCACACCAUGGAGGAGAUGGCACCAGUGCCAGCUCUACAGGCACUCAGAGUCCUGAGAUCUUUGGUAGUGAACUGGGCACAAAUGCUGGAUCCGCAUUCCAGCCGUACCAAGCAACAAGUGAAAUUGAAGUUACACCUUCAGUCCUUCGCACAAAUAUGCCCCUUCAUGUACGGCGCAGCAGUGACCCAGCAUUAGUUGGCCUCUCCACAUCAGUCAGUGAUAACAAUUUUGCUUCAGAAGAGCCUUCACGAAAAAACCCCACAAGAUGGUCCACAACAGCAGGUUUUCUCAAGCAGAAUACUUCUGGUGGCACAAGAAGUCAUGAACGAAAGAAAGACGAAAAUUACAGAAGCCUACCACGGGACACCAGUAGCUGGUCUGCUAACCAGUUUCAGAGGGAUAAUGCUCGUUCUUCACUAAGCGCCACUCAUCCCAUGGUAGAUAAAUGGCUGGAGAGACAAGAACAGGAUGAAGAUGGGACAGAAGAAGAAGGGAGCAGAGUAGAACCAGUGGGUCAUGCAGAUACAGGUUUGGAGAACAUCAACUAUUCUUUAGAUGAUAUGGUAAAGCUCGUUGAAGUUUCCAAUGAUGGUGGACCUUUGGGGAUCCACGUAGUUCCUUUCAGUGCUCGAGGCGGAAGAACUUUAGGACUAUUAGUAAAGAGACUGGAGAAAGGUGGUAAAGCAGAACAGGAGAACCUCUUUCAUGAAAAUGACUGUAUUGUCAGAAUUAAUGAUGGAGACCUUCGAAAUAGAAGAUUUGAGCAAGCACAGCAUAUGUUCCGUCAAGCCAUGCGUACACCCAUUAUUUGGUUCCAUGUGGUUCCUGCUGCAAAAAAAGAACAGUAUGAGCAGUUAUCACAAAGUGAGAAGAAUGCUUACUAUUCCAGUCGCUUUAGCCCUGAUUCCCAGUAUCAUGACAGUAAGAGUAUCAACCACUCUGGACUUCACACUUUGCAGAGAAUACCCCGAGUGAGCAAUCAAGCUGAUCAGUUGGACUCUUACUCACAACUACCUCAUAAUGUGAAUUCAGGAAAACCACCUUUGGGUCUGGCAUCAACGCCACAGAAAGUUCAUACUACUUCGAACUCUGGCUAUAAUACCAAAAGGAUAGGGAAACGUCUUAAUAUACAGUUAAGGAAAGGUACUGAAGGCCUAGGAUUUAGCAUCACUUCAAGAGAUGUUCCUAUUGGUGGCUCAGCUCCAAUUUAUGUGAAAAAUAUCCUUCCAAGAGGCGCAGCUAUUCAAGAUGGAAGAUUAAAGGCUGGAGACCGACUCAUUGAGGUAAAUGGAGUGGAUUUAACAGGAAAAACCCAAGAAGAAGUUGUUUCUCUUCUGAGGAGCACUAAGAUGGGUGGGUCAGUUAGUCUACUCAUUUUCCGUCAAGAAGAAGCAUUCCAUCCUAGAGAAUUGAAUACUGAACAAAGCCAGUCACAAAUUCCAAAGGAAACGAAAGCAGAAGAAGAGGACCUUGUUCUUACCCCUGAUGGCACCAGAGAAUUCCUCACUUUUGAAGUUCCUCUUAAUGAUUCUGGGUCAGCUGGACUUGGCGUCAGUGUGAAAGGUAACCGGUCAAAAGAGAAUCAUGCAGACCUCGGCAUCUUUGUGAAGUCCAUUAUUAAUGGUGGAGCAGCUUCUAAGGAUGGAAGACUCCGAGUGAAUGACCAACUAAUAGCAGUAAAUGGAGAAUCAUUACUGGGAAAGACAAACCAAGACGCCAUGGAAACUUUGCGUAGGUCCAUGUCCACAGAGGGAAAUAAACGUGGAAUGAUUCAACUGAUUGUGGCAAGACGAAUAAGCAGAUGCAAUGAGGUAAGGAACAGUUUGACUCUAGCAAAAUAUUGGAGGGAGAAGAUUAUUCUCCAAUAA